UUGAGCAAUUUCACGCAUUUCAAGGUUGCAGGCGGCUGAUUAAUCUCUAUCGCUUUUAUACAUUGAUAAAUCUCAGUGCCUUCGAAUUUAUUCGCUCCUCUCUCGCUCGCUUGAUCUUCUGCUUCUUGUUGCUCUCUUUCGCAGCGAUAAAGUGCUUCCUAGUAAGGAGAGAGCUACCAUGGCGUUUCGAAGUGCUCUAUCAGGCCAGAUCAUGAGGCGGAGCUCCCUGGUAGGAGAGCGAUCUAUGUCUUCGUGGUGGAGCAGCGUAGAGCCAGCUCCGAAGGAUCCGAUUCUCGGCGUUACAGAAGCUUUCCUGGCCGAUUCGAAUCCAAGCAAAGUCAAUGUUGGAGUUGGGGCUUAUCGCGAUGAUAAUGGGAAGCCUGUUGUUCUUGAAUGCGUCAGGGAAGCUGAGCGAAGGAUUGCUGGCAACUCAAAUAUGGAGUAUCUCCCCAUGGGAGGAAGCAUAAAGAUGGUGGAAGAAACUCUGAAGCUGGCCUAUGGAGAGAAUUCUGAAUUCAUCAAAGAUAAAAGGAUAGCAGCUGUGCAAUCUCUUUCUGGGACUGGUGCAUGCAGACUUUUUGCAGACUUCCAGAAGCGUUUCCUUCCUGAUUCCCAAAUCUACAUACCGGUCCCAACCUGGGCCAACCACCAUAACAUCUGGAGAGAUGCCCAGGUUCCUCAGAGGACAUUCCACUACUAUCACCCCGAAACUAAAGGGUUAGAUUUUGCAGCUCUGAUGGAUGAUAUAAAGAAUGCUCCAAAUGGCUCAUUCUUUCUACUUCAUGCCUGUGCUCAUAAUCCUACCGGAGUAGAUCCAUCAGAGGAUCAAUGGAGGGAGAUAUCUUAUCAAUUCAAGGUAAAGGGACAUUUUGCCUUCUUUGACAUGGCCUAUCAAGGUUUUGCCAGUGGUGAUCCGGAGAGAGAUGCAAAGUCCAUUAGAAUUUUUCUUGAGGAUGGUCAUUUGAUUGGCCUUGCACAGUCAUUUGCGAAAAAUAUGGGACUUUAUGGCCAGAGAGUCGGAUGCCUCAGUGUGCUUUGCGAGGAUGAAAAACAAGCCAUUGCUGUAAAAAGUCAGCUGCAGCAGCUUGCCAGGCCCAUGUAUAGCAACCCACCCGUCCAUGGUGCACUCAUAGUUUCAACCAUACUUGGAGAUCCAGACCUGAAGAAAUUGUGGCUCAAGGAAGUUAAGGUCAUGGCUGAUCGUAUUAUUGGGAUGCGAAAAGCUCUACGGGAAAACCUUGAAAAGUUGGGAUCGCCUUUAUCAUGGGAACACAUUACUAACCAGAUUGGCAUGUUCUGCUACAGUGGGAUGAACCCUGAGCAAGUAGACAAGCUUACAAAUGAAUAUCAUAUCUAUAUGACGCGAAAUGGUCGAAUCAGUAUGGCAGGUGUUACUACCGGCAAUGUUGGAUACUUGGCAAAUGCUAUACAUGAAGUCACCAAAUCUGCAUAACCUCCUGAUUUCCGUUAGGAGGCCACAGAUAUACUGAGAUACUUCAACGGAAUAUUUUUGUUUUCUUCCUGCCUGCCUCAAUAAGAGGGCGAUUACUUGCUCUUCACCAACCAUUGAAUAGUCCUAUUUAUUCAAUUUGUCCAGUUUGUUGGAAUAUUUCUUCUCAAGUAAAAAUAAUAAAUAAGUGACGGAUUACGUCAACAAGUUUGUUAAACUGUAAUCAAGGGCAAUAGAUGUUGAGUGUUACUUCAAUGUGCUA